AUGAGUAACAACAAUAAUAAUAAUAAUUAUAAUAAUAAUAAUAAUAAUAAUAAUAAUAAUGAAAAGCAACAAGAUGAUAUAGUAGUAAAUACAACUACAGCUAGUAGUAGUAGUAAUAGUGUUAAUAAUAAUAAUAAUAAUAAUACAUCAGCAGCAGGAGAGACGACUACGAAUUUAGAAAGUAAUAUUAAACAAAGAAAGAAUGUUGAUUUAAAAAAGAGUCAGAAUGCUCUUCGUCGUAGUCAGAUGCAUCAUAGUAGUAAUCUACCUUUACCAUCUCCAUCAUCUCUACGUCGUUCAUCUCAUAAUCUAAAUGCUAGUACUAGUAAUAAUAAUACAAGUAAUAACAAUCUAAGGGACACUACAAUAGAUGAAAAGAGACAUCGAUUGAGAAAGUUAUUAUUCUCAAAGAUUUUAGAGAAUAAAGGUAGUGUUGCUAGAGACCAUCUUGCAAAUGAACGUACUUAUUUGGCAUGGUUAAGAACAGGAUUAAGUUGUAUAGCAUUAGGUGUAGCUUUGGCUAAAUUAGGAACUUCUAGAGCAGGUUAUCCUUUUAGAUACUUUGUUGUUUAUAAACAAUUGUUAAAAGGAAAGUUUAGUCCAAACAGAGUUGGAACUAUUGUUUUCAUACUCUUGUGUCUUGGCGCUGCCAUUGCCUCUUUGGUCAUUGUCUUGGUUAAUAAGGUAUUUAAAUUGAAGGAUUUUCCAGCAGAAUAA